CGGCAACCGGGCGCCCACCUCCCCCUGCCCAGAGCUGGCCCGGGCCCGGGGAGGGGGGGUCUCUGCACGGCCAAGCGGCCCUGGACACGCGGGGCUGUCCCUGCGUGGGGAGAUCCAGCCACGGCCAGGGACACGCAGGACUUUCCUUGCCCCAUUCCUGCGUGGGGAGAUCCAGCCAUGGCCAGCAGAGUCGCAAAUUCCAUCAGGAGAGUAUUCAUAGCAGAAGUUCCUAUUAUAGCUAUAGACUGGGUUCAGAUUGACGCCAAUUCGUCAGUGCUGCACGAUGAGUUCAUUGCACACAGGUUGGGUCUGAUCCCACUUACCAGCGACGGUGUGGUUGAUAAACUGCAAUAUUCCAGGGACUGCAACUGUGAUGAGUUUUGUCCCGAUUGUUCGGUGGAGUUCUCUCUCGAUGUCCGGUGCAACGAAGACCAGACUCGGCAUGUCACAUCUCGGGAUUUGAUCUCCAACAACUCCCAAGUUAUACCGGUGACAUCCCGGAGAAGGGACAAUGAUCCCAAUGACUACGUUGAACCAGAUGACAUCUUGAUUGUCAAGCUACGCAAAGGCCAAGAGCUAAGGCUCCGGGCCUAUGCUACGAAGGGCUUUGGUAAGGAGCAUGCCAAGUGGAACCCCACAGCAGGUGUGGCCUUUGAGUAUGAUCCAGACAACGCCCUGCGUCAUACAGUCUACCCCAAGCCUGAGGAAUGGCCAAAGAGCGAAUAUUCUGAAAUUGAUGAAGAUGAAGCCCAGGCUGCCUAUGACCCCAACGGGAAGCCGGAAAGGUUUUACUACAAUGUGGAGUCUUGUGGUUCUCUGCGUCCUGAGACUAUUGUGCUCUCGGCCUUAUCAGGCCUGAAGAAGAAGUUGAGCGAUCUCCAAACUCAGUUGAGUCAAGUGAUCCAGAAUGAAGUGUUGACCAUAAACUGAUGUUAGUUAACUGCUUGGAACAACCCUGGUUUCUGGGAAUGAUAAAAGCAGCUGAGAUUAGAGGCGGGCCUAAUUUGAACUCUGCCUCCAAAUCUGAUACCCGUUGGUGUUUUUCUCUUGCUAACUUUGGGUCAAAACAGUGUGUUGUUUGUUCUGAAUCAGUGUUUGUCAACCUCAGCCAUUUUAAAAUAUGUGGACUUCGAAUUCCAGAAUUUCCUGGCCACCAUAAUGCAUAGACUUUAACUCCCAUGUUGGCUGAGGAAUGCUGGGAGUUGAGGUCCAUACAUCUUAAAGUUGGUGAAGUUGAGAAACACUCUUUCUAAAUCGCACUCAGCAUUCUCUAACAAAAUAUUGGCCGUAGAUCAGAGAUGUCCAGCCUUGGCAUAUUUAAGGCUUGUGGAUUUCAACUCCCAGAAUUCUCCAGCCAGCCAUGCUGAUUGGGAAUUCUGGGAGUUGAGGUCCACAGGUCUUAAAGUAGCCAAGGUUGGACACCCCCUUGAGAAUAAAACCACCAACCUUAUCUUGUUCUCAUCUCUUCUGAGGUCUUGAGUGAAAAAUCUCCAGUUUGAGGAAGGUCCAUGUUAUCCAACAGAUGUUUGUUCAUACGUAAUAAAAAUAAAUUCUCUUUUGAGAAAGCGA